AUGUAUCCAUCGAAAUUUGUUUUUUAUCGAGGACAAGGUUUAUCGGAGAAAGAUUUCGAAAAGAUGAAAAAUAGCCAAGGUGGUCUGGUUGGUUUUAAUUGUUUUUUAUCAACUAGUCGUCAAGCAGCUGCAGCAAACAUGUUUGCUGAGUCUGCUGCAACUGCAGAAGGUUCGAUUGGGAUUGUGUUCGAAAUUGAAAUAGAUUCAUCGAAUGUUACAACACCGUUUACAUACCUUGGGAGUCUGAGUCAUUAUCCAGAUGAAGAAGAAAUUCUGUUUUCUAUGCAUGCCAUUUUUCGUAUUCGUACAAUGAAGAAAAAGACAAAACGAUUGUGGGAAGUACAACUGGUCGCGACUACUGACAAUGAUCCUGAUUUAACUCGCGCAGAACAGAGGGCAGCUUUGUGUGAACAGUUGGAAACAGCCGCGGAAACCGAAGUAGAACUUUAUUCAUCGGAUGCAUCAUUAUUUGCACUGCCUCCAAAGCAGCAAGUGGCAAUGAAUUCAGCGAUGAAUGCUCUGAAAAAGGCAAAAGCAGCUAACAUGAAACGUCAGCAAGAAGUAGCAACUUUACAAAAUUCAUCUAGUGAAAACGCGAGGAUUACUCUGGAAACAGACCAAGAUCAAUACCUGUUUGAUGUCACGAACGCUUGGAUUCAAUAUGCAGAGAGUAUGCAGAACACGUUACCAUCGAAUAAUCUUUUGGGAGUUGAUUAUUGCAAUUACCUUGGUACGAUGCUGUGUUCAAAAGGACAACAAAAUUGGGCACUUACGUUGUUUGCAAGAGCUCGUGAUUUUCUGCUACAAUGUACGCCAAUUAAUCAUGAAGUCCUCGCUAAAACCUACGACUAUAUGAAAACCGCUUUCGAAGCUCUUGGACAACAUGGUGAAGCAGCCGAGUCAGCAACAGAAGCAGUCUAUUCGGCCACGAUUGCUUUCGGUCCUGAUCAUCCACAAACUAAGGUGUAUGAAGAAGAAGUUCAAAGACUCUGCGGAUUUUCAUGA